AUGAAGCUUUCAAACUCUACACAAGCGCUAGAAUACGGAAUGAGCGUUCCACCUACAGUUGCUGGAUCUUUAAAUUCGUUACACUCGAAAACCUACCAUUCAGAAGUACCCAAAUCGAUAUUGGAAAGUACGGAUGAGAUCAUCCUGGGAGUAGAUGAAGCAGGAAGAGGACCUGUAAUGGGCCCCAUGGUUUAUGGUAUCAGCUAUUGCACGCGUCAAUAUGAAAAGGACGUAAUAUGCAAAUAUGGAUUCGACGACUCUAAGAAACUAACCGAUCCAGUGAGACAGAAACUGUUUGCCAUGAUCUACGGAGGAGAAAUAGACGGAGUUGGAUACGCUACAACAUCUAUAACUGCAUGUGAUAUCAGCAGCGGGAUGUUCAGGUUCCCACCAGAAAAGAAUUACAAUUUGAAUGAACAGGCGCACGAUGUGACAAUCGCAUUGAUAGACGAUGUAUUGAAAUCUGGUGUUAAAGUAGGUCACGUGUACGUCGAUACCGUGGGUCCGCCUAUCUCGUAUCAAAAGAAAUUGGAAAGUAUCUUCCCACAGUGCAAAUUCACCGUUGCGAAAAAGGCUGAUUCUAUUUACCCCAUUGUAAGUGUUGCGAGUGUGGUAGCAAAAGUGACCAGAGAUAUCAUCCUUUCACAAUGCAAGAAAACCGAAGAUGAAAUCCUUGGGUCAGGGUAUCCUGGUGACUCAAAAACCGUUCAAUGGCUACGAAACGAGAUGAAACCAUUGAUGGGAUGGUCUCCCUACAUGGUACGGUUCUCUUGGCAAACAUGUGCCACGAUGCUCGCAAAUAGUAAAUCUACCAUCGAAAUAGAAUGGGAAGAAGACGCAAUGACCAAGAAAAAAAUGCAGUGGGCACCCGAACAGAAAAACAGACCUAUUACACUUGAUUCCUGGUACCAGUAA